AAAAAUACCAUAGUAGAACAAAAAUUCUACAUUGAUCAAAUAUAAUCAAAUAUAAAACAUAAAACUGGAGAAAUAUAUAAGACUAAAGAGAAAAUCCCGUUGACAAAAGGGUAAAUUUCAUUGAACUUAGAUCGUUCCGUUAACUACAUUACAACAUUUCAUCUCAUCAUUCCCAAUUUUCCUUCAAUCUAGAAUCUAGGGUUCUUCGAAUAUACUCUUUCGUAUUCGUUACUCUCAAAUUUUUCCUUUAUAUUUAAUUUUUCUUGUCACUGUUUGUUUACUUCGAUCUAUUUAAACAAGGGUUUUAAUUCGAGAUCUUCAUUGUGAUUUUGUUGAGAAAAUUAACCAUGACAAUUGCUGAAUCGGAUUUUCCGAUUGAUAAUGGAGUUAGUUGUGUUCCGCUUUCACCGGAGGAAGAGAAACGGAUCGUAUCGGAGUUGGUGAAGAAAUCGGAGCUUAAUUUGAAAGAAGGCAACUUAUACUUCGUUGUUUCCAAUAGAUGGUUUUCAAGGUGGCAGAGGUAUGUCGGGGAUUGUGCUGGAAUGCUUUCAACCGACCAGCAAUCUUCUGAUAGACCUGGUCCAAUUGAUAAUUCUGAUAUUAUUACAAACGGAAGUAAUUGUGAUGGGAAUGAUUUAGAUAUUCAUCGAACAUUGGCAGAGGAGACAGACUAUGUUUUAGUUCCUCAAGAAGUAUGGGAAAGGUUGUUGGAAUGGUACAAAGGUGGACCAGCAUUGCCAAGGAAGUUGAUUUCUCAGGGUGUUGGACAGAAGCAGUAUAGUAUUGAGGUGUACCCACUUUGUCUGAAGGUGACUGAUGCGAGAGACAACAGUGUUUCAAUUGUAAAAUUAAGCAAAAAGGCUACCAUGAGUGAACUUUAUGAGCUGGUGUGCAAAGUUAAAGGAGUAGAACCGAAUGAGGCUUCUAUUUGGGAUUACUUCAAUUUGAGCAAACAGUCAUUGCUGACGGCUUCAGACCACCAGACAUUAGAGGAUGCAAACAUUACAAUGGACCAUGAUAUUCUUCUAGAUGUUUCAGUCGACACAGACCGUUCUACUCAUUCUGGUGUGCAUUCAAUGGGAAAUGAAUUGGCAUUGGUACCAUUAGAACCUCAAAGAUCAACUGUAUCAAUUGCAGGAGGACCUGCCUUGUCAAAUGGUCACACAACUGGGUCUGGUUUUAACUUGUAUCAGGGAAGUGGUCACACAACUGGGUCUGGUUUUAACUCUUAUCAGGGAAGUUCUGUAAGUUCAUCAUUGACUACCGUGGACGAUAAAUAUGACGGCUCUAGAGGUGAAAGAGGUGGUUUAGCAGGACUGCAGAACUUGGGGAAUACCUGCUUUAUGAAUAGCUCUAUUCAAUGUUUAGUCCACACUCCACCACUUGUUGAAUUUUUCUUGCAAGAUUACAGCGAUGAGAUCAACAUGGACAAUCCUUUAGGAAUGCGUGGCGAGCUAGCACUUGCAUUUGGUGACUUGUUGAGGAAACUCUGGUCCUCUGGGCGAACUGCUGUUGCACCACGUGCAUUCAAGGGAAAGCUGGCCCGAUUUGCUCCACAAUUCAGCGGUUAUAACCAGCAUGAUUCUCAAGAAUUGCUUGCCUUUUUAUUGGAUGGACUGCAUGAAGAUUUGAAUCGUGUGAAACAAAAGCCUUACAUUGAAAUGAAGGACUCGGAUGGUAGGCCAGAUGAGGAAGUCGCAUAUGAGUGUUGGAAAAAUCACAUGGCUCGGAAUGAUUCAUUGAUUGUUGAUGAAUGCCAGGGUCAAUACAAAUCAACACUGGUUUGUCCUGAAUGUGGCAAAAUUUCAAUCACUUUCGACCCCUUUAUGUACUUAUCAUUACCCCUUCCUUCCACUGUCACCCGGACAAUGACGGUUACUGUAUUUUAUUGUGAUGGGAGUGGUCUUCCAAUGCCAUACACCGUUACUGUUCUGAAGCAUGGUUGCUGCAGAGAUCUUGGCCAAGCAUUGGGCACUGCAUGCUGUUUGAAGAGUGAUGAAAUGCUUUUUCUUGCAGAGGUUUAUGAGAAUAAGAUUUAUCGCUAUCUGGAUAAUCCAUUGGAAUCAUUGACUUCAAUAAAGGACGAGGAACAUAUUGUGGCCUAUCGAUUCAAGAAUGGAGCCAGGAAAACAAAACUAGAAAUAACGCACCGAUGUCUGGAUAAUGUGAAGGGCGGGGUUAAGAAGAUCUUUGGAACUCCCUUGGUUACUUAUUUGGCAGAAGACCCUCAAUAUGGAGCCAACAUUGAGACAUAUGUACACAGAAUGUUGGCACCUUUAAGAAAAGCACAUUCUUCAACCAAGUAUCAUGAAGGGAAGGAAAAUGGUUUCAUCUCGGCUGAUGGUGAUGAGCAAUCGAGCAUCUCUAAUUCGCAAAGUGAGCCGAGGAACAUGACAUUUGGCACUAGUGAACAAGAGGGGACAUCCUGUGGGGAGUCGUCUUUCCAACUCGCUUUGACCGACAAAGACGGUUAUAACUGGGAGCCCAUUGAGAAGGAAUCUGUGAUUAAACCUGAUGCACUUAUAAAGGUCUAUCUUGACUGGACUGAGAAAGAAUAUGAAUUAUAUGAUGCCAGCUAUCUGAGGGAUCUUCCCGAAGUCCACAAAACUGGAUUCACUGUGAAAAAAACCCGGCCAGAAGCUAUUUCUUUGUUUUCAUGCUUGGAGGCAUUCUUGACUGAAGAACCUCUAGGACCAGAUGACAUGUGGUACUGCCCUCAAUGCAAGGAACACAGACAAGCUACCAAGAAACUAGACUUGUGGAAAUUGCCAGAGAUUCUGGUUUUUCACUUGAAGCGAUUCUCAUAUAGCAGAUACUUGAAAAACAAACUUGAUACCUUUGUGAACUUUCCCAUUCACAAUCUUGAUUUGACCAAGUAUGUGAAAAAUAAGGAUGGAACUUCCUAUGUGUAUAACCUUUAUGCAAUCAGCAACCAUUAUGGUGGUCUAGGUGGUGGGCAUUACACUGCAUAUGCUAAGUUGAUUGAUGAUAAUAAGUGGUACCAUUUCGAUGACAGUCAUGUCAGUCCUGUUAAUGAAGCUGAAAUUAAAUCUUCAGCUGCAUAUGUGUUAUUUUAUCAGAGAGUUGGAAGUGAAGACCAGAUGGAAGUAGAGGCGUCUUAGGUUCAUGCAGAUUGUUGUAGAAAAUGAUGGGUCAUUUUGUUGUUCGAUGCCUGGAUCAUACGCGGAAAUACAAUUCGGAGCUUAAGUCCUGGAUAGCCAUUUUACAUUGCAGUCAAAACAGCAAAUUAAGAAGAGACUGUUUAACUGAAAUUAAUCAAAAAUGUUAUAGGCAAGGUUCUAGAAAACCUGUUCUUUUGGGAGUAUUGGUUGACAGUAAUUAUUAAAUGAAUGAUAUAAUUUUUUGACAGAAAUUUUGCAGCCUAGAACUUGGUUAGGUACUUCUGUUAUUUCAUUUUAUCAGAGGCUAAAUAGAUCAUCAUGAAUUCAUCAUCAUUGUCGUGUUGUUACAGUUUUAUGCACCAUAAUGUGCUAUAAUAGAUAGGGCAAUGCUGUGUUUGUGAAAUAAUUUGUACUCAUCUUCCAUUAUGUUGUUUGGAUUUUAGGAUCCCAAUUACAUAAAAUGUGUGGAAGAGAUGAUGAAAUACACUAUACAGCUGAUCAUAUUUUUAUUUUAUUUUUAAUAAUGGUACAUUGCCCUUUCUCUUUA